CGCAUGUGCCAGCCAGCUCACAACAUAGAAAUGUUGCGUUCACUCCUCUUUUCAAGUCGAAGAAGCACUGGUAGGGGCGCGUUUAUGUUCGAAGCCCUUUGUGUCCGGCAGCAGCACCAUGGCGUGGACCAUGCAGACGGGCAGUAUGACGGACUGUACCCAGGCCACAUCCCCACCAGCCCCAUCCAGAAAGCCCUGUUGGCUGUCGGCUCCGGGGUGGCAGCUCUGCAAGACCCCUACAGACAUGAUAUGGUGGCAGUGCUGGGAGAGACGACAGGACACCUGGCCCUGAUGACGCUUCGGGAUCGAAUGAGAGGAGACCCUGAGGGCUAUACCAUUCUAACUGAGCGCCCACGGAUCCGACUAUCCACAUUGGAUCUGUCCAAGAUGGCUUCCCUUCCAGAUGGAUCCUUUGGGAGAGUGUACCUACGCUUCCUUGAGGACAAUAGGGUGACCCCUGACUCGAGGGUGAACGUGAAAUUUGUGGAUAAUGAGGAGUUGGCGUACGUCAUGCAGAGGUACCGAGAAGUCCACGAUUUACUGCACACCUUACUAGGCAUGCCCACUAACAUGCUGGGUGAAGUGGCAGUAAAGUGGUUUGAGGCUGCUCAAACUGGCCUGCCCAUGUGCAUCCUGGGAGCAGCGUUGGGACCGCUCCGUCUGUCCACAAGUCGUCUGGAGCCCUUGGUGACGUCCCUGGGACCGUGGGCUGUGAGGAAUGGCCGGCAGGCCCGCUGUGUCUUCAGCAUCUUCUAUGAGCGCCGCUGGGAGCAGAGUCUGGAGGACCUGAGAGAGGAGCUAAACAUCGAGCCUCCCCCGCUCACCAUCACGGCCACCAGCCAGAAGCCACAUUAGAUUCUUAGCACUGACCUCGAAUGUCAGAGGUCACUGUACAACCAGAUGGGACAGAAUGCAGGGACUCUUUGGAGGGAUGUCAUACAGUAAUUUAGGCAUUGUAUGUGGACUGACUGAGUCAUAGCAAUUGUGUCAAGCUUCCCCCAUGAUUUCAAGUGAAGGAAGGAAAGGCCAAUAUUCACAGUGGGUGCAGAGGAUUACCAGAGGGCUGGAUGCAAUUUUCACCAUGGCACGGACACACAUAAUUAUUUGAAUAUGGCACAUAUUAGUCAAUUAUUGCAUUCUAUCCAUGC